CAUCUGUCUGCAGAAACUGUCUCUGUAUCGUCUUGGCCCUUGGCUGCGGGGCCGUGAGCAGCUACCAUGACGUUCCCCAACACCAGCGUACUGACAGCCAACUUCAGCGGAGCUUUGGAUGGCCAUGACUCCGGGGGAAACAUUUACAGGCCCUUCUCCGUUUUCAGCGUCCUCACUCUUACUUUACUGGCAAUGCUGGUGGUGGCCACAUUUGUCUGGAACUUGCUGGUGCUGGUGACCAUCUUGAGGGUGAGGACAUUCCACCGGGUACCCCACAACCUCGUGGCUUCGAUGGCUAUCUCUGACGUGAUGGUGGCUGCCCUGGUCAUGCCCCUGAGCCUUGUCCACGAGCUGAACGGCCGGCUGUGGAAGCUGGGCCGCGUGCUGUGCCAGGUGUGGAUCUCCUUCGAUGUCCUCUGCUGCACGGCCAGCAUCUGGAACGUGACAGCCAUCGCGCUGGACCGCUACUGGUCCAUCACCAGGCACCUGCAGUACACGCUCAAGACGCGCAAAAAGAUCUCCAACGUGAUGAUUGCGCUCACGUGGCUGCUGUCCUCCAUCAUCUCCUUGUCGCCUCUCUUCGGCUGGGGGGAGACCUACUCAGAGGGGAUGAAGUGCCAAGUGAGCCAGGAGCCGUCCUACACAAUCUUCUCCACCUUUGGGGCAUUUUACCUCCCUCUUUGUGUGGUGCUGUUUGUGUACUGGAAGAUCUACAAGGCUGCCAAGUUUCGGAUUGGCUCCCGCAAGACCAACACAAUCACACCCAUGGCUGAGGUAAAGGAGGAAACACAGCAGCCCCAGAUGGUGUUUACUGUGAGGCACGCCACCGUGACCUUCCAGACAGAUGGGGACACGUGGCGUGAGCAGAAGGAGAAAAAGGCGGCACUGAUGGUCGGCAUUUUGAUCGGCGUGUUUGUUCUUUGCUGGAUUCCCUUCUUCAUCACCGAGCUCAUUGUGCCGCUGUGCUCCUGUGACAUCCCGCCCAUCUGGAAGAGCAUCUUCCUGUGGCUGGGCUACUCCAACUCCUUCUUCAACCCACUCAUAUACACCGCCUUUAAUAAGAACUACAACAACGCUCUGAGGAACCUCUUCUCCCGG